UGUGCAAGAUCAAAGCGAGACUGAGCAGGGAGGCGCUGGUCAAUUGCUGGGCUGCCUCAACCUUCCCCGGGGGGCAGCUGGGACCUUUGUUUCUGGGGAGAGGCGGCGCCUGACUAGGCCCAGCAGCCAUGGCUGUGGACUUUGGGGACCACAGCAGUGGCUUCCGCCACAACGAGGUGAUCAAGUUUAUCAAUAACGAGGUCCUCCUGAACGGCGGCGGCCCAGAUUUCUAUGUGGCCUUCCGCUCACGGCCCUGGAGUGAGGUGGAGGACCGACUGCUGAAGGUGGUGGCCGACCCGCAGGUGCCGCUCACCCUCAAGCGGGCCUGCACCUGGAGCGCGUUGGCCCUCAGCGUCCGCGUGGGCGCCCGGCAGCGCGAGCAGCAGGCCCGCCGGGCCCGCCGGCUGCAGGAGCUCGUGGAGGAGCGCGAGGCGGCCUCCCGCUCGCUGGCCGCCGAGCUGCAGCGUCUGCGCGAGGAGCGCCAGACUGUCCUGAUGCAGUUACGCAACGUACGGGCCACCCUGAAGCACACUGUGGAUGAGCGGGAAGUGCUCCGAGGACGGCUGCUCCAGGCUCAGAGGUCUAUCCAGGCCAUGCCUCCGAGGCUGCCGCAGGCAGUCAUGCCCAACCAGGGAGCAGACCGCCAGGGGGUCGUGGUUUGGCCUGUGGAUGUGGGGGAGCAGGGCAAGAUGGCGCCAGUGGGGGCUCAGGGAAUGCUGCAGCCUGAAGCCCAGAUGGCGGCCCCUGGAGCUAUGUUUUACAUGACUAGACCUCAGAACCCCUGGUUCCCAGCCAUGCCACCGCCCAUGCCAAUGCGAAUGCCGAUGCCCAUGCCGAUGCCCAUGCCGAUGCAGAUGCCCAUGCCGAUGCCGAUGCCGAUGGCAGUGCCACAGUCAAUCCCACACCAGUUGGCCCCAUACCCGAUGAGGCUUCCAUAUGCCACCCCGCUACCGCAGAUCAUCAGGGAAUCACAAGCAACAGCAGUGGUCACUCCCCAUAUGCCACUUCAAGGAGUUUCAGUGGGAGCUCAGGAGGAGGAAGAGGAGGGGGAGGGGGAGGAGGAAGGCCAAGAGGAAGAGUGUGAGAACCCCCAGGACACGUCUCUCCUGGAGGACGAGAGAAACCAGAGUAAAGAAGAAAGUCUUAUGAGUCCCCAGGGAGCAACCUCUCUAGAGACCUUGGAGAACGACUGCCAGGAAGAUCAGAAGACAUCCCAGGAGACAAUUCUGGAAGACAGCAGUUUCCAGAGCCAGAAGGAAAGUCCAGUGGCGCUCCAGGAGAUUCAGUCCGUGGAGAACACCAGGAAUUACAGCCAUCAAGAAGGGCCAGAGGGGCCCCCUGAGACGCCCUUUCAGGAAGACAUCGGUUGCCAUGGGGUGAGAAAAAGUCCCAAUAAACAACAGGCUCAAGGGCAGAUGGCUGAACAAGCAGAAGAGGAAAAUGGCUCAGAAUUCCAGCAGGAGGAGAUGUCUGUCUCAGGCUACACUCUGAUGAAUUGGGUCUGCCAGUCGUGUGAAGCGAUUAAUUUUUCCUGGCGCACAUCCUGCUAUACAUGCAAGAAAGUUGGCAAGGCACUUGAGAGUGGAUACCUGGACCCUUGACAGGUCCACUUAUUUCUAGAAGGUGGUGGAUCCUGGAUGGCCAGUGCUGAUUGGUUGACACCACGACGUUGAAGUUCUUGUGAAGAAUUUUUUUUCGUUCUUUCAUCCUUUAUAUUUUUCCUAUUAGCCUCAUUUUCUUGAAAAAGCUUUUUUUUUUUUUUUUUUUGGUUGUUUGUUCUUGGCUGGGACCAGCCAUGUAUUUUUAGCUAUAAGCUAUGUUUAAUUUUAAAAGUGCUUUUUUUUUUUAAAAUGCCUCUGUUCUCUUGUAAACAAACUACUGUAUUGCUUGCCUUGCUUCCUGGUUUUGUAUUUUUUUAAUUUUAUAGGUUUUUGUGCUUCUGAGUGAGUACUGCUUGUUUGUUGGCAAAGAAGCUGAAUCCAUUCCAUUUGAAGAUCUUCCAAGAGAGUAAAGAAAUUACAAAUCACACCUCGAUUCUCAUUGGCCUGCACCCCAGCAAGACCCUGUGGAGUCAUGAAAAGUAAGGGGAAGCCACAGAAGAAGUGAUGCUUUGGCAUU